AUGUCCGGACGCCAGGCAACACCACCGCGAGUGACUCGCUCAGCGGGUAAACUUCCGCCGAAUCCUCCUACUCCAGAGCAGAUCAGACGCAUGGAAGAGGCUAGAUUGAAAUCAAAAGCUGCUGCGCAACAAGCACAAUCAUCGUCAGCGCCCAAGACAGGCGAGAAGCGCGCAUACUCGUCCAUUACAACCUCACAGACUCCAUCCACAGUUCGAAAUGCCGCCGCCGCAUCACCGCAGAAGCGCGACCAGAAUGGCUUCAUACAGCCUCCGUCGAACGACUACAUUCAGCCCGCGAAGAAAUACGCCAGGUCAGACUUUAUCGAGUAUGACUUUAGUAAAAUGACGGAUACAAAGGGUGGUUUCUUGAGCACGACGGAUGACCCACAUAACAAGGCCAUGUGGAAGGGGCAGCCAAAGGAGGAGCAGAAGCCCGAAGGCAUGACAAUAACGGAGUGGGAAAGGGAGCGUAUAAGGCGAAAGCUACGCGCAAACAGAGCGGGACCCUACGAACCCGGUAUCUCCAUCCUGAACACUGUCAACGGCAAAGAAGAAGACGAAGAAGCUGCCCUCCUCGAAGCCGCCGAAAACGCUGAAAUCGAAAGCGGCACCUUCAAAGGCAAAUACGGCGAUGGCAAACGCGAUAUCAAAGGCAAAUGCCGCGAAUGCUCCAGCCUAGAAAUCGACUGGAAAUGGCAAGACACCUUCUCCAUCUCCGUCUGCAACUCGUGCAAAGAAAAGUUCCCCGACAAAUACUCGUUACUCACAAAAACCGAAGCCCGCGACGACUACCUCCUCACCGACCCAGAACUCAAAGACGAAGACCUCCUCCCCCACCUCGAACGCCCCAACCCCCACAAACAAUUCUUCCACCCCAUGCAACUCUUCCUCCGCCUCCAAGUCGAAGCCUACGCCUUCAGCCCGCAGAAAUGGGGCUCCCCCGAGGCCCUCGACGCCGAGUACGCAAAACGCCAAGUCAUCAGCAAAGAGCGCAAGCAAAAGAAAUUCCAGAACAAGCUAGAGGAUCUCAAGAAGAGGACGCGCGUCGAGGCGUACAAGCGAGCAAGGCUGGCGGGAGAUAGCGAUGGAGUCCAGUUCGGUCAGAGGAUCAAAGGCAGGUUCGAUCGCCAUGAGCAUGAGUGGGGGAGAAGCGUGCUGGAUCCUGAGACUGGCAUGACGAGGAAGAGGUGUGAGGAGUGUGGAAUGGACGUUGAGGAGUUGGAGUUUUAG